AUGCAAAUUCCCAAGGUGUCAAGAGAAAAGGAGAAAAGCCAACCUUUACACCCGCGCGAGGAUAAGCGGUCACUGGAAGACAGGCCUGCGUAUGCCUUCUUGCAGAACUGUCGUCAACAGACGCUGGAAGGGCUCGCAGGCUACUUCCGUGACCCGGGAGAUAGAAUGGGUGAAAUACUGGAGUUGACGCCGACAGAGUUUACACCAUGUGCACAUGGAGCAGAGCAUGAGGAGGAUGAUUCGCACAAGAUCGGGGAGCUACCCAGCACUGCAAUAUGUGGAAACGACAUCACCGCCAGCUGUUUCUAUGUGGUGGGGGAGCUUUCCAAGAAUGCUGGAGUGUACUCGCCUGUGUGCACGAUACUCUCUUCACUGACGUUGUACUGCUUUCGCAGUGUGUAUGGGGAGGUCGUGACAGCGCUGCCGCUGAAUGGAGGCAUUUACAACCUCCUCCUCAAUUCUUCCACCAAGCAGACAGCAUCCGUUGCUGCCUGCCUUACCAUCUUGUCGUACACAGCCACAGGCGUUGUUUCUUCAGUGAGUGCUGCAGACUACUUGAAGUGUUCGCCUAUGUUCAGCUCCAUCGAAAGUGUGCCGACAGCAAUCUGCAUUCUCGGCUUCUUCGCGGGAUGCAUGCUAAUGGGUAUGCAGGAGAGCUCAGCGGUCGCUUCGAUGCUUUUUGUCUUCCAUCUGUCGGUUUUCUUUAUCCUUGGGACAUUUAGUGUUAUCUUCCUCCAGGAUGCAGGGCUGGGUCAGCUUUACGACAACCUGAACUGGGAGAGGCAGCCUCCUUUCUGGAACUCGAUAUUCUUCGGUUUCUCAUCAGCAAUGCUGGGCGUCUCUGGCUUCGAAACAUCGGCGAAUUUUGUCGAGGAGCAGAAACCAGGCGUCUUUCCAAAGACACUCAGGAACAUGUGGAUGAGUGUUUCUGUCAUCAACGUUGUCCUGCCAAGCCUCGCAGUGGCUGUGAUACCCCUUGACGAACUGACAGGCGAGAAAUCGGCAUACGCACUUGCAUUCCUUGCCGAGCGAGUUGCUGGACCCUUCUUGCGCGAUGUUGUGGCAAUUGAUGCACUUCUCGUGCUGGCUGGAUCUGUGUUGACGAGCUAUGUGGGAGUGGUUGGCCUGUUCCAACGGAUGGCUGGAGACAGGUGCCUGCCGGAAUUCUUCAGUGAGACGAACUCCUGGAGAAACACUCCGCACUACACCAUAUUGGUCUUCUUUGCCGUGUGCUCAUCCAUGUGUGUGAUGCUGGAUGGCGACAUCACCUUGUUGUCUGCUAUCUACUCCAUCUCCUUCUUGCUAGUCAUGGGCCUUUUUGCAUUUGGUGGUCUGUGGCUCAAAAUCAAUCGACCGACUCUGCCACGGGUCAUCAAUGCCCAUCCUGCUUUGUUUGUUUGUGGUCUGCUUCUGGUGAGCUUUGCGUUUACUGCCGUGGUUCUACUACACCCGCAGAUGCUGACGUACUUCUACAUCUACUACGGCAUUACGACCACCAUGGUCAUGCUGACCUUCGCAAGGGUUUCCAUCUUCAGAGCAUUUCUGAAUUUGAUGAAGCAAUCCAAGGCAGUUCGAUUUGUGAUUCAAUGGUUCGUGCAGAAGGACAUUGCUCAUGGGUGGGUUCAUCAAAAACUGAAAAGCCUUCAAAAUCAAGGAGUGGUGUAUUUCACGAAGCGCGCAAGCAUGAGCCAGAUCAACCGAGCUUUACAGUAUAUCGAGGAGAAUGAGGAAGCCAGAUGGGUCAAGGUCAUCCACUGUUACACGGACAGGGAGCCAGUACCAGAAAACCUCCAGGAGAAGCGGCCUCAGAUUUCCCAGCUCUCCUGCUGCACUCCGAAACCUACACAGAUGAUGUCGAUGUUGUCUUGUGAUGAUUUUCGAUGCCUCUUACAGCUUCAAACACUCUGCCGAUGUGCAAGGUGA